AUGUCUAUGUCUAUGGUCGAUGGGCCUGGCCGAACGGCAGUGGCUCAUGUCCAUGUCCAAAAACAGGGCGGCCACACAGGCGACGACAAGCCAUCGAUGCAUCCAGGCAAGACGAUGCAAGACACCGCUGACGACAAACAACAAUGGCCUGCAUACAAUGUCGGAUCCUUUUAUGCGGGUGAUGGUGGAAUGGCAGUGUCGUGUCGUGCUGGUGUUCCGAGACGGUCGUUAUGUGCAGCAGUGAAGGGAAUGAGUGAAGGGGGCGAGCAUCCGCAGACGACUUCUUUGGGGACGGGGGAGACAUCACAAGACAUGUAUCACUCACAAAGGGAAGUCACUGUGGCGGCAAUAUGGGGAAAGAGCGCAUGGUGA